AUGGCUGAGGAUAUUGGGAAGAUUCCCAAAACUGACCUGUCAUUUGUAGGCUCAGUUGCAUGUACUUCUGCAUUUGUCAGGACGGUACAUAAAUGUCUUUCACGCCUUGUCUCCCUGGGUACCGGGUGCCUUCGUUCUCCGCCUCUGCCGUUGCACAAGGAAAAUCAGACGGCCGUGACCGAGUUCGUCUUCGUGGGAUUCUCCAGCCUGGGGGAGCUUCAGGGGCUGCUCUUCACGAUGGUCCUGCUCAUGUACAUGGUGUCCCUGACGGGCAACGUGGUCAUCACAUCCGUCAUUGCCACCAACCCAGCCCUCCACACACCCAUGUACUUCUUCCUCACCAACCUGUCCCUGCUGGAGAUCUUCUACACCACGGCCAUCGUGCCCAAGAUGCUGGCGAGCCUGGUGUCGGAGAACAGGAGGAUCUCGCCGUGGGGCUGCGCCACUCAGAUGUAUUUUUUCACUCUCUUUGGCAUCGCCGAGUGCAGCCUCCUGGCUUCCAUGGCCUAUGACCGCUACGUGGCCAUCUGCCACCCGCUGCGCUACCCCCUCGUCAUGAGCAAGGGGGCCUGCACCCAGCUGGCUGUGGCCUCCUGGACGGUGGGGAUUCUGGUGGGCAUUGGCCAGACUAGCUACGUAUUUAGCCUGUCCUACUGCGGGCCCAACCGGAUCAACCACUUCUUCUGCGACAUCCCGCCCCUCCUGACGCUGGCCUGCGGGGACACCUCCCUGAAUGUGCUGGCCGUCUACCUGGUGGCUCUCUUCUUCAUCACCACCCCCUUCGCGCUCAUCCUGGCCUCCUACCUCUGUAUCCUCACCACCGUCCUCAGGAUGCCGUCGGCGGAGGGGAGGCGCAAGGCCUUCUCCACCUGUUCCUCCCACCUCAUUGUGGUGCUGCUCUUCUACGGCUCCGGCAGCGUCACCUACCUCCGGCCCAAGUCCAGCUACUCAAUGGAGAGCGACAAGCUCCUUGCCCUCUUCUACACUGUGGUGACCUCCAUGCUGAACCCCAUAGUCUACAGCCUGAGGAACAAGGAAGUCAAGGAGGCCCUGAGGAGGACUCUGGCCAGGAUGUCGUGCCCUCGGUGA